CAACAGCUGCCCGUCGCCUAGCUGGAAGAAGUGAGAUGGUCCAGCAAUCCUUUCUUCAGUGUGGGAUUAGUGGUAACCCAGAUGGAAGCGACAUUGACAAGAUUCGGAUUAAGGACAUACCGAAUGAGAAGAUAUCAUGGGAUGGUUGGGAUAACUUCAACUGCGACGCCUACAUGAAGAAGGAAAUGACCCAAGAAGAGAUAUCUGACGUCAAUGUGGAUAACGACUGCCAAGAGUAUAUAUCUCUAGCUGAAGACGUCCAGCAACCCAUCGGAAAUAGUUCAAUGAGGCCAUGGGAAAUCUAGAGCUUGGUGGGUAGGUGGGAGGAAAUCCAAUGCCAACCAUAAGUCUGUUUGCUGGCCUUUGCCACCUAACUUGCUGCUGACGUACAUGACUAACCCCUGCUUUUGCCACCUCCAGAUCCCUGUUUCUGCCAGCGCACU